GAGGGGAGGAUGGUUCAGGGAGAGGAGGAGAGAGGAGAUCUGUGCAGCUCGCAGCUCCUCCAUCCGGUCCUGAGUCACAUGUCCUCUACGCUGCUACCGCUGCUGCUGCUGCUGCUGCUACUGCAGCACACCAGGAUACCUGCCUCGAUUUUCUGGACUGCACAGCCACCACUCUGGGAAGUUUCGUUGAUGCAGCUCUAAGGGAAGCACGCCUUAGGUGUCCCCACCAGUCUGCCAUGCUGAUUACAUGGUGGUAUUUAUACCUAGCAGCUCGGAGCGUCGCCGAACAAACACUGAGAAUGGCUUCAGUCCUGCAAAAGCUGAUCACCCCACUGUUCACCGGUACACCCGAGCCCCCCAGGAACAAAGUGACAGUAGUGGGUGUGGGUCAGGUCGGCAUGGCCUGUGCUGUCAGUAUCCUGCUCAGGGAGCUGGCUGAUGAGCUGGCCCUGGUGGAUGUGCUGGAGGACAAGCUGAAGGGAGAGAUGAUGGACCUGCAGCACGGCAGCCUUUUCCUCAAAACCCCCAAAAUAGUCGCAGACAAAGAUUACUCAGUUACAGCAAACUCUCGCAUCGUUGUCGUCACAGCCGGAGUCCGUCAGCAGGAGGGGGAGAGUAGGCUGAACCUCGUACAGAGAAACGUCAACAUAUUCAAGCACAUCAUCCCUCAGAUUGUACGAUACAGCCCCGACUGCAUCAUCAUUGUUGUUUCCAACCCGGUCGACGUUCUGACCUACGUGACCUGGAAACUGAGCGGCCUUCCGAAGCACCGCGUCAUCGGCAGCGGCACCAACUUGGACUCGGCCCGCUUCCGCUUCCUGAUGGCGGACAAGCUUGGUAUCCACUCCAGCAGCUUCAACGGGUGGAUCCUGGGAGAACACGGAGACACCAGUGUGCCUGUAUGGAGCGGGACAAAUGUGGCCGGAGUCAGCCUGCAGACAUUGAACCCCAACAUCGGCACAGACUUUGAUGAAGAGAACUGGAAAGAAACUCAUAAGAUGGUGGUGGAUAGCGCGUAUGAGGUGAUCAAGCUGAAGGGUUACACCAACUGGGCCAUCGGUCUGAGUGUGGCCGACUUAACUGAGAGCCUCAUGAGGAACAUGAACAGAAUCCAUCCGGUCUCCACCAUGGUGCAGGGCAUGUAUGGGAUCGGCGACGAGGUGUACCUGAGUCUGCCCUGCGUGCUGAACAGCGGAGGCGUGGCCAGUGUGGUCAACAUGACCCUGACAGAUGAAGAGGUGGCCCAGGUGCAGGCCAGCGCCAACGCGCUGUGGGACAUCCAGAGGGACCUGCGGGACAUCUAGCCCACCACUAGGGGGCGAUGCAGAAACAUCUCCUCGGUUGCUCUUCACUCUGCAGUCACUGAAAACCAUUCAGUUCCACUUGCUGCGCCUCACUCACUGCUUCCUGUAGAUUCUUAUCAUAUUCAGCCGUAGGUGUCAUUUUGAACAUUUAUAAAUGUUCGUGAGGAGAUUGAAGGUGGUAAAAACAGAGGGAAAUGUUUUGAUGUACAUGUUCAGACACACAAAGUGUUGCUUUGAUACAAAAUAAAGAAAGUUUACUGGG